UAGCGGCGAGCCGAGCCCCGGCUCCGCGGCGGCGCCCGCCCUUUCACCAGGCGGAGCGGGAGGAUGCGGCCCGGAGCGGAGCUCUGAGCGAUGGAAGGAGUCCUGUACAAGUGGACCAACUACCUGGCGGGUUGGCAGCCUCGGUGGUUUGUCUUAGACAAUGGGAUAUUGUCGUACUAUGAUUCACAGGAUGACGUUUGCAAAGGCAGCAAAGGAAGUAUAAAGAUGGCCGUGUGUGAAAUAAAAGUCCAUGCAACAGACAACACCAGAAUGGAGUUAAUCAUCCCAGGGGAACAGCAUUUCUAUAUGAAAGCAGUUAAUGCAGCUGAAAGGCAGAGGUGGCUGGUAGCACUGGGAAGUGCAAAGGCCUGUUUAGCAGAUACUAGAACAAAAAAAGAAAAAGAAAUAAGUGAGACCACUGAAUCUCUUAAAACCAAAAUGUCUGAACUUCGUCUCUACUGUGAUCUUCUGAUGCAGCAAGUUCAUACAAUACAAGAAUUUGUUCACCAUGAUGAGACUUGCUCUCCUCCCAGCAUUGAGAACAUGAAUGAAGCCUCUUCCUUGCUUAGUGCCACGUGUAAUACGUUUAUCACAACACUUGAAGAAUGCGUGAAGAUUGCUAAUGCCAAGUUUAAGCCAGAAAUGUUCCAGCUGCCUCAUCCCGAUCCCUUAGUUUCUCCUGUGUCGCCAUCACCUGUCCAAAUGAUGAAGCGUUCCAUUAGCCAUCCUGGUCCUUGUUAUUCAGAGAGGGAUAAUCACUCUGUGAAAGAACCAAUUUCCCUCCAUCGGUUAUCACAGCAACGCAGAAGAACAUACUCAGAUACAGAAUCUUACAGUGACACUCCCCUGGAAGAUUCUCAGAGAUCUGCUCACUGCCCUGGAAAUGCUGUAAAUGGGAAUCUGGUGUCAUCAACCAUUCCAGAAGAAAAUAGAUUGAUAUCAAAUGAAAGAUCUGACCUGGAAGGGAGUCUCUCAUCCUUUUCUUCCUGAAGAAGCUGAAAGUGUUUAAAUUUUCUAUAAAAAAUGCUAUGCAAAGGCUGCUGUAAUUAUAUUGUUAUUAUAGGAAGUAGUAAUUUCCCUUUUUAGAAGGAUUUCUCUGCACUUUAUAGAAUAACCUGAAAAAUAUCUUUGAAGUGUAUUUUAUCUUUAUAUAGUUUAUUUGCAAGAGUAUUUUCCUAAUAUUUCACAGUUUGAAUGUGCAUUUUUUUGGAACAAAUGAUGGUUUAAAAGAUAAACAUCUACAUUUGUAAAUGUUGCUCUUUAUAAAAAGUUUGAAGGUCUGACUGAUACAGUAGUAAACCUGCAGAUUAUAAACUUUAGCAAAGAGGUUUUGUUUUGUGUUUUCUUUUUUUUCCUUUUUGGAGAAAGUGCAGCUUGUGCCUGCUGACCAUUUGUAUAAGCAGUCUGUCUGGAGCUUUGAUGGCCCUGCUGGGGCUUUUUUUUGCCUGAGUAAGGACUGUGGGACUGGGCAUUAACGAAUCUAUUCUAGCAGCAUGAUGGUAGUUGACAUUGCCUUCUUUAAAAACACAAGGGUAUAUAUAAUCUGGUCCUUGUUUUUAGCCAAUGAGAGUAGAAAUAUUUCAUGUAUUUUUCUAUUUAAAAAAAAAAAAAAAGUAUACAAAUAACUUAAUAUGAAGCAUUUGUAUCAAGCAUUGGAUAUUUAAUAAUUGUAUUUAUUUAUUCUUCUUUUGCAUCAAAAUUUUUUUACCUACUUUCACUACUAAAGAUACAAAAAUCUACUAAAGGUUUCAAAAUGGGCAUAAAUUGUUUCUGGUGUGUGUAGCAUCACAAGUAGCUAAUGCAGCACUUCUAAUAUAUACUCUGCUCAUGUAAUACUUUGCUGAAAACACAUCUUGUAGAAGUAAGAGCUGAACUAUUAGACCAUGAAGCUGCUGUUGGUAUGGAUAGGUGUAUCUGUAUCUGGACAUAUUUUAUUUGUGACAUAUUUAUACAAAGGGAGCUUCUGUUUUGGUGAUUCCUUCAUGUCGUUUCAGGAUGGUGUACACCAGGAGAUGCAUUCUGCUCUCAUUUACAUCAGUGUAAAUCUGCGUUAACUGUAAGUGAGAUCAGAUUCUGAUACUCAGUAAUUCAUGAGUAGUAUAAUAUAGUAUAACAGUGCCUACUAGCACCUUAAUCCAUAAGGUUGCUAGCGUUAGCAUUGUAAGCUUUUGGCAUAGGGGGGAGGGUUGGUGUUCAUUUAAAGAUAAGCUUGGUUUAUGAAGUCUUAGCUGUAGAGCACUUUAAGCAAGCCAUUUACUGUUUUUCAUUUACACAAUUCCUAAAUAAAUGCACAGGGUUUUUUUGUACUUGAGCACAUACCAAAAUCUGUUUUUUGUAAUCAAAUCUUCUUUAAUUUGGUCUAAGUCGUCUUCCUCUGGUGUUUAUGAAUAAUUUGGUGGUAUUGAAGCAGUUUGGAAAAGACAGAUAGGGUUGGAUUUGAAGGUUUCAUUAUAAACUUCUGGAAUAUUGAUUCAUCUAAAUCAAAAUAGAUCCAAACGUUGAGGAAAAAGCAUAAACUGUUGCUUGUGUAGGCUACCAGUCUUUAAACCAUUCUGUUGGUUGUCAGAGGGAACGGAAAGUCUCAUUUGAAUGAAGUUAUUAAUGGCUUCCAGCUCAGUGCUGUCAUUUGUGCUCAGUUCUGCCAGUUUUCAUGCACCUGUCAUUUGCAUAUCAGCCACACAUGCUUCUACUUUUUUUUUCCUAAAUGUUUGCUUUUAUGUAUUCUGUGUGACACCUAAGGCAAUUGUAAAAGCAAGUAUUAAAAAAAACAGCGUUCAGAGAAGUAAA